CGAGCAGCCUGGACCAAAGUUGAAUGUGUUCGGUGCAGUACCGUUUCAACGUUUGCCAAGGACGAAUCGCUUGCAGCGCAUCAGGAUAGCAACAAAAAAUAAUACUAUUAAACCAGACUAGUAGUAUUUAGUUAGGCCAAUGCACAGGAUGAGGCUGUGUCAACAGAAUCCAAAUUACACACCGCAUGGCCAGGAGUUAAGGAGGGCGUGUGAACGAAAACUUUGGCGGUAUAGAUACAUACAAAUACAAAUACGAACGAUGUACAUGCGACGAUACGUUACCGGGUUGGGCUUUUAUGUCGUCUGUUGUGUACCACGCUCCGCAUUCCCGAGUUGACAGCCUGCAUGUUUCUGAGAUGCUUUGAGUGCUCUCCGAGACGGCAAAAGUUAGCAACAAAAAUUAAGCGAUGUGAUGCUUGGCGACGUUUCGCAUUGGAUCGGUUCGGUUCGGUUUUAAAUUAACUUUCUGCGCCUUCUAUUCUUUCGUUCGACGCCUUUAAUAAACGCUGUCAUAAGGAUACAAAAAAAAAAAACGCAAAGACGCGCGCGGCUUUUCGCACAAGGAGAAACCUCAACCCUAUGCCUCUGAAACAAAGGACUCCAUUUAGAAAACGCGCUAUGCUGGUGCAGCAGCGUCUCAGAAGAUACAUGGAUAUGUCAACAGGAUAUUAAAGCAUUGGCCCUGAGAGAGUGUACACGAGUGUCUAAAGCGAGCAAUCAACCAACAUGGCGGCGGCGACAUCAUUAAAUCGUGAAUUUGUCGAGGGCUGGACACUGGCACAGACCCUGGGCGAAGGCGCAUAUGGAGAAGUGAAGCUACUGAUCAAUCGUCAGACUGGCGAAGCUGUAGCCAUGAAAAUGGUGGAUCUGAAGAAGCAUCCCGAUGCCGUGAUCUCAGUACGGAAGGAGGUCUGCAUUCAAAAGAUGCUACAGGACACGCACAUUUUGCGCUUCUUUGGCAAACGCUCACAGGGACAUGUGGAGUAUAUAUUUUUGGAGUAUGCCGCCGGUGGAGAACUAUUCGAUCGCAUCGAACCUGACAUCGGCAUGCCCCAACAUGAGGCCCAGCGCUACUUUACCCAACUGUUGUCCGGGCUAAACUAUUUGCACCAGCGCGGCAUUGCUCAUCGCGAUCUGAAGCCGGAGAAUCUACUGCUGGACGAGCAUGAUAACGUGAAGAUCUCUGACUUUGGAAUGGCAACCAUGUUUAGAUGCAAGGGCAAGGAGCGGCUGCUGGACAAGCGCUGCGGCACGUUGCCGUAUGUGGCGCCGGAGGUGCUGCUGAAGCCGUACCACGCUCAGCCGGCGGAUAUUUGGUCUUGUGGCGUCAUUCUGGUCACAAUGCUGGCGGGUGAGUUGCCUUGGGACCAGCCUUCGGCCAGUUGCAGAGAGUUCAUCACAUGGAAGGACAAUGAUCGCUGGCAAACGCAGACUCCUUGGAGCAAACUGGACACAUUGGCCAUCUCAUUGCUGCGAAAGGUGCUGGCCAGCACUCCAGGCUCUCGUCUUACACUGGACAAAAUACUCGAUCACAAAUGGUGCAACAUGCAGUUUGCCGAUCACGAUCGCUCUUAUGAUCUGGUUGACUCAGCGGCCGCCUUAGAGAUUUGCUCCCCCAAAGCUAAGCGACAGCGACUGCAGUCGAGCGCGCAUCUGAGCAACAAUCUGGACGAUUCCAUAUCGCGAAAUUACUGCUCACAGCCCAUGCCUGUUAUGGGUAGCGAGGUGGAAUUCGAUGCGGGGCCACGCAAUAAUUUGGCUUGUGGUCUGGAUGAGGAACGACAAGCGCUAGCCCAGGAGGCGCGCCUAAUACACUGCUUCUCACAGCCGGCCAUGCUGGACGAUUUGUUGCUUGCGACGCAAAUGAACCAGACUCAGAACGCCUCUCAGAAUUACUUCCAGCGCUUGGUGCGGCGUAUGACGCGCUUCUUUGUGACCACGCUUUGGGAUGACACCAUUAAGCGCUUGGUCAGCACAAUAGAGCGCUUGGGCAGCUACACGUGCAAGGUUAGCGAGGAAGGCGUGGUCACAGUGUCGACCAUCGAUCGUCGCAAGCUACGUUUGGUCUUCAAGGCGCAUAUCAUUGAAAUGGAUGGAAAAAUACUCAUCGACUUCCGGUUGUCCAAGGGCUGUGGUCUGGAGUUUAAGCGUCGGUUCAUCAAGAUCAAGCACGCGCUUGAGGAUAUUGUGCUCAAGGGUCCCACUACUUGGCCCAUUGCGAUUGCAACCAACUCGGUGCCUUAGUUAUUAAUCUACAGUUAAGUCGCUUCAUUAGUUUUGAAUAUUUGUAAUGCGCUAUCUUGUUGGAUAUCAUGAAACAUGUCUGGCUGUCUUUAGCUCCAUUGUGCUUAUCUAUCAUUCAUCACACUAUUAAAUUUAAGAACAUUUUAACCACUCGGACUUAUGUUACCUAAGCAAAUCGAAUAAGCUUUUAUUACUGUUAUGGUUGUAGCUCUAGAAUGAAAGUAUUUUAGUUAGCUAAACGUUAUGGAACAAUAAAUCGU